CAGUAGCGUUGAAAGCCUUGCUGUCUUCACUCAGCGUGCUUGAACCCCUACAUUUGAGGUCAUUUCGUAUCCAUAAAUGUUUUUGUGUCUUGUUGAAUGCACAUUCCUUACUAUAAUAUGUGUGACAUAUCUAAAAGGCUCAACCAUUCACUCUUUUUCCUUUGUGAGGUAUGGCAGCUGGGCUGCAUCUUACUCUCUCCCACAACUUAGCUUUGUCAUGAAUCUGCGUUGUCAACUCGACCAUCAUCAGCUAAGUUUGCAUUGGAUGACUUUUAGAUUGCUCUAUUCUUUACUCACUUACUCUUACCCCAAUCUGCAAACAAGCUUCAAAUGAGAAAGACGAAGCUGUUUCUUCACCCCGCCCCUUUCCCCUUCCUCGCUUUCAGCUGCUCUAUCCCCAUUUGGGUUCUCUGCUCAUUUUUUUUUGGUCGCAUUAGUUUCGUCAUCUUUGUCACACAUCUGUUGGUGGAUCACACACUUACAUUUAACUCUUUUGUGGAUGCUCUUUGUAUUGCUUGUAAAAAGGUGUCAGCUUAGUCUUUUGAGAUCAUAAUUUGGUUUCCCACUUGCGCUUUUCUUCUCCAUAGACAUACAUACUCUUUGCCUUUUCUUUUAAUCUGCUCUUUGACCGCAAUAUCCUUUCAUUUGAAUACUUUUCUAAAUUGGAAUUUAAGGCAACAUGGUUCAAAAACUUACUUGUAUCCAACUUUACAUUAAAGUCCUAUGUAGCCGGGUCUGAAAUCAAAUUUGUGGAUUGAAGACUAUCAACGGCAACGUCAACGGAGGACAACUACAUAUGUAUGAAUAACAAAUGGUAGAUCUGCAAUCUCCUUACUUGUUUAGUGAAUAGUGAUACUGAAAAAGGAGAUGAAGAUGGAGGAGGAUCUAGAUUACAUCAACAUACUCAAACGAGCAACAAAGCUUCUAUGCGGUAACAUCAAUCUUGUUAUCUUCCUCUUCCUUUGUUCUCUCCCUCUCUUUUGUUUCUUGAUCUUCUUCGAGCUCUCCCUCCAAAGCACUGUCUCGCUUGCUUCUCAAUACCUCGUUGGCCAACUCGAUAACUGGAGUUACUAUGACGUUCGUCAAGAUGAUGCCUUGUCAGAGAAUCUGAUUCCGUUGCUUAUCCAGACAUUUCUACUCUACUUGUUCCCGUACAGCCUCCUAGACCUCCUCACCACCAGCACAGUAGUCUCCGCAUCUUGGAUUGUACACAUGUCGGGAGAGGAACCGUUAAAGUUUGGUAGACUUGUUCGGAGAACCUUAGAGUUAUGUCAAAACAGAAUUGAAGGUUGCUUGAUCACCUCUCUAUACGUCCUUCUCAUGUCAACCCCUGUUUUCUGUGGUUUCUUCUUUGUGGCAACAAACUAUUUCUACAUAAUUUCCCUUAUUGGAUUUCGCAACUACUCAUACUACUAUUAUGAAUAUGGCGGAGGCUAUUACAGCAGCUUCAACGAUCCGGUAAAGAUGUUGUUUGAUGCAGUCUUGGCUAUGUUUCACGUUGCUCUCUUUCUAUUUUUGUUGGCAAAGUUUAGUACGUGGACCUCAGGAUGGAACAUGGGUUUGGUUGUUUCGGUGUUAGAGGAAGGAGAAGAUGGUCAAGCCAUCUAUGGACCUGAUGCACUGACUCUGUCUGCUUACUAUGGAAAAGGACAUGAGGAGCGUGGUCUCCGAGUGAUGCUGGUGUUCUUGGUCUUCGCUAUGGCAAUGAGGAUGCCAUGUUUUUGCUUCAAAUGCACUGAGAGUUCGAAUGGAGUUAGAGUGUUGUACACGAGUUUCUAUGUGGGUUUGAUCUGUGUUGGGAAUGUGAUCAAAUGGGUGGCUUGUCUAGUGUUUUAUGAAGAUUGUAGAACUCGGUUUUUGGUGAAGAAAGGUGACUUGGAGAUUGGGUCAAAAGCUAAGGCUCUUGUUGCACAGCCUGAGAUCAAACCAAAACUCGAAUCUUAAAUAACAAUUUCUGUAUGACCAAUUGCAUUG